GGUCUGCGCCUUCAGUCCAAGAUGGCCGACGGUGAGGCGUCCCGGGCGGCGAGGAGGCGGCGCCGCUGGUGGCACCUGCGGCGGCAGUGGAGCAUGCUGGGAGUGUUCGAGAUCUCCAAGGAUCACGAGUUCUACGGCCUCACAGAGAAGAUCAGAGAAGGAACCAGAGUGUCCGUCCAGAGAGACCUGAGCGCCGCCGCCGGCCACGCCCCCGACCACGCCCCCGACCACGCCCCUGACCACGCCGCCCUCACCGCCGAAGACUACGCCAGGAGGGAUGAGCAGACGCACGGGGGUUUCACGAUGGAGACCUUCGCGGCUCCCGUGUUCCGGUUCCUCAGACGUUCUUCGGGCGUCUCAGAGGAACAGUACCUGGAGUCUCUCUGUUCUGAACACGACUACCUCCAGUUCAUCAGCAACUCAAAGAGCAGAGCCGACUUCUUCAUCACGUGA